GAUCCCUUCAAGAGAAAAAAAGAUAGAAACAAUUAAACUUUCCCUUAUCAUUUGGGGGAUCCACCUUAGACUUUUUACUUGUAUUUAAAACCAGGCCAGGUGAAUAAGACCUUGUAUUUAAACUCUUCACAGACUCUUGUCACUAUAGAGAGGUUUUCACAAGUUUCCACUCCCUACACUUAUAGAGAGGAAGAAAUGGGAAGGCCUCCUUGCUGCAAUAAAGUCGGUAUCAAGAAAGGACCAUGGACUCCUGAGGAAGAUAUCAUUUUAGUUUCCUACAUACAAGAACAUGGUCCAGGAAAUUGGCGAUUAGUACCUACCAACACCGGUUUGUUGAGGUGCAGCAAGAGCUGCAGGCUAAGGUGGACUAAUUACUUGAGACCAGGAAUCAAGAGGGGGAACUUCACUCCACAUGAAGAGGGGAUGAUAAUCCAUCUCCAAGCCUUAUUGGGAAACAAAUGGGCAGCUAUAGCUUCAUACUUUCCACAAAGAACAGAUAAUGAUAUCAAGAACUACUGGAACACUCAUCUUAAGAAAAAGAUCAAGAAAUUUCAAACAGGUUUGGAUGCACAAUUGGCAUCUGAUUCGGCAACUUGUCGAUUUCUGUCAAGUUACAACGAAAAGGGCCUCGACAAUAGCAGCCGGCAUGACUCGUCAAGCAAUGUCAGGUUAACCGAAAACUCCAAUUCGAUAUACGCUUCAAGUGCAGAGAAUAUAUCCCGACUACUCGAAGGAUGGAUGAAAUCAUCCCCAAAGAUCAGUCCUCAAAACAAUCCCAGUGCUGAAUGUUGUGAGGGUACUACUACUACUGCAGAAUCACGUCAUUACUAUAGACAGAGGGUUGAUCAGCAAGAAAGCACUAAAGUAAUUCCAAGUGAUGAAUUUGAAUCCAUUUUGUCAUUUGAUCAAAACGUUAAUGGAUUGGCCUGUGACAAGUCAUCUUGUGAUUCUAGUAAAAAAGGCUCUGAAAUAAGUGGAAAUGAGGAAGAAAAAGUUAAUUUUGUUGUGCAUGAGCAGAAGCCAAAGAUGGAAAACAAUCCUCCUCUAUCAUUUCUUGAGAAUUGGCUGCUGGAUGAAUCUGCAAAUCAUGAAGGAGAAGAAGUUAUGGGACUUUCACCAAUAUUCUAGCUCAUUUUCAAUCACAAUAGGCCCUUAAUUUGCAAGAUGAGUAGCUUAUUCUAUGAAGUAUGACCCAAAAAUGAAAGGAUCAGUCUUUGAAACUAAUCUUGUUUUAGGUUUCCAAAAAGUUGGAUCUCUCCACUGCUUCUUUCCUUGAACACUGUAACUUUGAUUACCUAUCAGAUAUAAUUUAUCCGUUAAUGGACUGUUAUUUGAAACUUUGAUUGCAUAUCA